AUUCGAAUGAGUUCUGUUGAUAGUAUAUAAGGGUGAAUCUUCUUCGGGGGCGGUUUAGAUGUGUUCGAACCGGCGUUCCGUCACGUGGUACCUUUCACAAUUAAAUUCUAUUUGAAUAAAAUAAGGAACUUUUGUUUCUAAUAAUAGUGGCUAAAAGGAUGGAGGAUAUUCUGUACAAACACGCGUUGCCCAUUAGCGCGAAGUUUCUGAUAAUCGUCGGAAUUUCUCAAACGCUCUUCGUCAACGUUUCACCAGUGAAUUACGAGAAUUCACCAAGGAUCUACAACAUCGGCGUGUUGAUGGCCUCCCAUCUGAACAGCCCCUUCGACCUUGAAAGAUGUGGCCCAGCCGUCGAUUUGGCCUUAGCAGAAGUAAACGACUUUUUGAACGUCCACAACGUGCAGCUGCGAAAAGUUCAGGGAAGUUACCCAUCGUGCAGUGGGGCGACGGCACCAGGUUUGGCGGCUGACAUGCACUUCCGAGACAACGUGAUUGCGUUCGUCGGUCCAGCUUGCGCCUUCGCUCUGGAACCCGUAGCGAGGCUUGCCGCGUAUUGGAACACGCCUAUAAUUACAGGAAUGGGUGAUCAACCACCCUCGGAAGGCGAACUGUCCGUGACUUCAGGUAUCCUCGGGAGGAUCAAUAAAUGGAAGAACGAAAGUUCGGGCAUUUUCAAGGACAAAAGCAAGUACCCGACGCUAACGAGAAUGUCCUAUUGCCAGUGCCGUCUGCGACUGGUCUUCUCCAGCGUUUUCAAAGAGUUCGGUUGGUCGCACGUGGCUCUGAUACUGGACAGGUCGGACCUGUUCUCGUGGACGGUAGGUAAGAAUUUGGAGUACGGUUUGCGGAAAGACGGACUACUGAAAUUCGUGAGGGAACUCGAUGGGAACGCCGAGGACGAACCGUACCAUUUCUACUUGCGCGACGCCAGUAUGUACGCUAGAGUAUUGAUCCUUAGCGUUCGCGGGACAUUGGUCAGGAAAUUCAUGUUGGCAGCACACGAUUUAGGAAUGACGAGAGGGGAUUGGGCGUUCCUCGACGUCGAAAUAUUCCAGGGUUCUUACUGGGGCGACCACGAUUGGGAGGUAGGCGACGAGGACGACGCCGUGGCUAGAAAGGCUUAUGAAGCUCUGCUGAGGGUGUCCCUUCUGCAACCCACCAGCCCCAGAUUUCAAGAUUUCGCGGAGUCCGUCCGACAACGUGCCCAAAAUGGUUACAACUAUUCGUUCUCGGACGGAGAAGAGGUGAACUUUUUCAUCGGAGCUUUCUAUGACGGCGUUUAUCUGCUCGGUAUAGCGUUAAACGAAACUUUAUCCGAGGGCGGCGACAUCAGAGACGGCAUAUCGAUAACAAGACGGAUGUGGGACCGAGACUUCAUUGGUAUUACGGGACACGUUAGGAUAGACGACAAUGGAGACCGUGACGCCGACUACAGUAUCCUGGAUCUGGACCCCAUCACUGGAAGGUUCGAGGUGGUGGCGCACUACCUAGGGCUAAACAGGGAGUACAGUCCCGUUCCUGGGAAGAAGAUACACUGGCCUGGUGGCAGAGAGGGUCCACCAGCUGACAUCCCAGAAUGUGGUUUCUUGGGAAACGACCCAGGUUGCACGUCCAGGACCGAGGCCUACACUUUCGUGGCUUACACGAGCCUGGCAUUGGCCGCGUUUCUGCUGGCCGCUGUUGCGGCUACCUCUAUUCUCUACAGGCACCUGAGACUCUCCGCGGAUCUGAACAACAUGUCUUGGAGGAUCAGGCCGGAGGAACUGCUCCUCGAGAUCGGGAAGCCGUUCUCCUCGAAGAUCAACUUGCACCAAGCGAUAUCAGAGGUGAACAAUUUUGGAUUGGAGCAACGCAUUCGGCGCGGAUCGCAGCUCAGUUGCCAGUCGUUGCCACCUACCACGGUUUUCACCACUGUCGGGAUUUACAAGGGCGAGAGGGUGGCCAUUAAGAAAAUCACGAAGAAGAAGGUGGUCGACGUCACCAAGAAGCUGCUGUGGGAGAUCAAGCAAGUUCGGGACGUCACUUCUGAAAAUACAGUUAGAUUCAUCGGAGCGUGCCUCUGCUCUCCUUCGCCGACAGUGUUGAUUCUGACGGAGUAUUGUCCUCGAGGAUCCCUGAAGGACGUUCUCGAGAACGAUGCCAUCAAGCUGGAUUGGAACUUUCGAAUGUCUCUGAUUCACGACAUCGUCAAGGGGAUGUCCUAUCUCCACGCCAGCGAGGUCUCAGCGCACGGGAAGCUUAGAUCCUGCAACUGCUUGAUCGACUGUCGGUUCGUCUUGAAAAUUUCAGACUUCGGCCUGAAGACCCUCACUACGCCUUCUGAUCUGAUAAUGGACGACAUUUAUUACACCAAAUUGCUUUGGAUCGCUCCAGAGCUACUGCCUCUGACGGUGAUGCCUGGGAGCACAGCGACCCAGAAGGGCGACGUUUACAGCUUCGCCAUCAUUUUAGAGGAGAUCGUCGUUCGCGGGGGACCCUACGAAACGGUUAAAGCGUCAAUGACCUCCCAAGAGAUCGUGAGUCGCGUGACCGCGUCAGAAACGCCGCCGUUUAGACCGGAAGUGACGCCAAAGGAUUGCCCACUGGAUAUCCUCUCGCUGAUGGAGAAAUGUUGGAACGAGAUGCCAGAGGAGCGACCAACCUUUCACGCCGUACGUGGAACCAUACGCGGCAUCAUGAAAGGUUACUGCGAGAAUUUAAUGGACGAUCUGUUGAGGCGAAUGGAGCAAUACGCGAACAAUUUGGAGGCUCUCGUCGAAGAGAAAACGGAGCAGCUGAGUCUAGAAAAACGACGAAGCGAGGAGCUUCUUUACCAAGUACUCCCACGCCAGGUGGCGUGCCAACUGAUGGCGGGAGAAUUGGUCCAACCGGAACAAUUCGAAUGCGUGACGAUUUAUUUCAGCGAUAUAGUGGGAUUCACAGCUCUUUGCGCGCAGAGUACGCCGAUGGAAGUGGUGGACUUCCUUAAUGACCUCUACAGCACUUUCGAUCGCAUCAUCGAAUUCUACGAUGUCUACAAGGUGGAGACGAUAGGAGACGCGUACAUGGUAGUAUCCGGCCUACCAGAGAGGAACGGCGACGAGCACGCAAGGGAGAUAGGCCUGAUGGCGUUAGCCAUUUUGGACGCCGUGAAAUCGUUCACGAUAAUGCAUAAACAGAACGCUCAGUUGAGCGUGAGAAUUGGAGUACACAGUGGGCCCGUUUGCGCCGGCGUCGUGGGCCAGAAGAUGCCCCACUAUUGUCUCUUCGGCGACACUGUAAAUACUGCGUCCAGGAUGGAAUCUUCGGGACUGCCGCUUUGCAUACACGUGUCCAAAGCAACGAAAUGCAUACUGGACAAGUUUGGGACGUUCGACCUCGAGCUCAGGGGCGAAGUGGAGCUAAAAGGGAAAGGACGAGUCACUUCUUACUGGUUGAGAGGUUGCUCGGAACCAGAUCCACGACCUCUAACCCCGAAAUACCGCAGGCACAGCGUCAGCUCCCCAGAAAACAACCUUAACCCCCUGAUUUUCCCACCGAACAACGCCAACGGCCCGAGAACAAACAACAACACUUUCAUUAACUUGUCCGAGCUACAGUAGAACGUAGAU